GAGAGAGGGAUAACUCGCGAACAAACGUCCCGGUGACGCCGUUUGAGCAGAAAGGAGGCUUGGGGAUGCAUUAUCAUGCUCAUGAAGGCUGCGCGGACACAGCUACCAUAAUGAACAAGUCUAUCGCAGCCGCCGCGGAGGAGGCUGCUCGCAAGCCUGUUAUUGAGUGGGACUGGGACGUGGAGCACGAAGACAGAAAGAGGGAGAAGAAGGCGGACGCGGCGAUUCACGGCGCAGCGCCGUUUGAGGUCGAUAGGAGGGUGUUGAAGGAUGUCGUGCAAGAGAAGAUGGGUACUGAAGUGGGCAGAAUCGUUUUCCUGAGUGCAGGAACGUUUCAUAAGGCGUACUCAAUUCUACUGGUUGAUGGCCGUGAGCUCGUUGCGCGAGUGGCCCGUCGGUUCAUGCCGCGCCUCAAGACCGAGUCCGAGGUCGCCACCAUGCACUACCUCCGCACACACACUUCGAUACCCGUCCCCGACGUCUACCACCACGACGCCAACCCGUACAAUCGAUUGGGGGGCGAGUACAUCUUGAUGUCCAAGGCUCCUGGAAUACCCUUGUCUCGCGUCUAUCAUUCUAUGUCUCACGAGGAACUCCGGAAGCUCUUGGAUAACCUCGCGCACCUCCUCAUUCCGCUCUUCGGGCACCGUUUCUCUCAUCUGGGCUCGCUCUAUUCUGGGCCGCCGCCACAGUCGUCAGACCUCUCCUCAAGCGCGCGCACGCCUACCGCCCCCGCCUUCCAGCUGUCCCGGAGCAUGACGAUGACACCGGCGAACGCCUCGUCGCAAUCGACACCGAAACCGCCCAGCGCCGAGCCCGCAGCGAAGCCAGACGUGCACGUCGGGCCGAUCGUCUCCUGGCCGUUCUUCGGCUCGGGGCGCGGCGACCUCGCGCACCCCGACGAGAUCGACCGCGGGCCGUGGGCGCGCACGCACGCGUACCUGCUCUCGUGCGCGCAGCGCGAGAUCGCGGGCGUCAUCCGCGAGAACGAGGGCAAGGCGGCGCCGCACCGCCUCCACCUCGACCCGGAUGAGAUCGUGUCGUCGCGGCACCACCGCAUCCGCGCGGUGCCCGGCGACGCGAGCGACGAGAGCACCGAGUGGGACUGGGAAGAGAGCGAGGGCGAGUGGGAGGGCCCCGGCGACGCGAUGUACAGGGAUUAUAGGAGGAUGCAGCGGAGCACGUUCUUGGUUGCCCAUCUGGUCGAGAGGGAGAAGAGGGUGAGGGAGGAGAUGGGAAGGUGGGUGAAGAUGAUGGAGAAGUUGGGGAUUGGAGGGAGUGAUGUCCCGGGUGGGGGCGCGCCUGAUGGGAAAGAUGGUGAGGUGCUAGAGGAGUUUGCUCUGGACUGCCAUGAUAUGAGCUUGGAAAAUGUGUUUGUUGACGAGAAUGACCCCUCCAGGAUUACUUGUGUCAUAGACUGGGAGUCAACGACCACGCGCCCGUUAUGGGCGUCAGCCCACGUCCCAGCGUUUCUUCAGUCAAGUCCCUUCACCGCUCGACUAUUCCGCGCAACGGUCGAAGACUUUGCGGUGGACGCAGCAGCCAAGUCAAGCAAGAUAACCGUGCCCCUAGUCACACCGGCCGGCACCAUCCAGCGGGAGAUGGACCUUGCUAGCCUAGCGAACGAGUGGCUUCACCACGAAGCAUCUGGCGCUCGACUGAGGAUGGCUCACCGAUGUGUUGAAUGGGACGGUUGGGAAGAAGGUUUGGUGCAGAGUAUCCUCGGCCCCGAGGACGAGGAGGACGAGUGGUUCAAGAAUUGGCAGGACGCGACCGAAGACCAGACUACUAACUCGGGUGCAAACGUUACGGUUGUUGACGAGGAGAUCUCCCCGUCCUCCCCGACGGCCGCCUCGGGUUCCGGCUCGGGCUCCUCGAGCGAGGACACUAAAGUCGGCGACAAGCCUCUCGACAAGCUUAGCGAGAACUUCAAGCGCGUUAACGGGGUUGCCGUCCGCGUCCCGCUGGCAGCGAAGGUUGUCGCUGAAGAGAAGGAGAGAGAGAAGCUCCUGGUCCCGAACGGCGAUAUAUGUGGCGGGCGGGGUGGGGAACUUGGGAGGCGACUCGAAGCCUGGCUGAGUUCGACGAGCGAGGGCCGCAGGAGGCUCAGCGACGCUGACGAACGCGAGCCCACCCAGUGA